GAAGUUGGAUUGACCGGAAGUUGGAUGUACAGGAAGUGGGGUGAGCGGAAGUUGAGCAGAACCGGAAGUGAGCACAAACGGAAGCGGCAGAUUCGCCAUGGGGAUCGGCGGAAAAAUCAACCGGCCGAAAACGGAGCUGCGCCGGAAGUUGUUCAAGAGGCGGCGGGAAAACGGCAAAGCCAAAAGGAGACAGAAAUGCGUCCCCAUUCCGGUUCCAUCAGCCAAAAGGCGCCGGAAGCUCCUGAAACGCCUCCGACAUUCGGCCAAUGGUGUCCCCAAGAAGCCGCAGCCACGUGACGUAGAGAUGGCGGAAGCUCCGACCCAAACUGACCAAUAAAAACUCUCGCUGCUGUCA